AUGAAGCCACUCCAGCUCAUCCCAACCCUCCUCCUCUCCCUCGUCCCUACGCUCACCCACGCAUCCGAUAGCGACGACAUUCCCUCCGGCGCCAAACUCUGCCAACCCCAAGGUAAAGGCAGCUGCCAAUUCGGCGUAUACCAAUUAUAUCCUGGUAUCGAUUGCUACCACCAAACGAUGAAUUCCGCCUACCUCUUCGAUCACGCAUGCAACAUCAUCGGCCACGUGGAGAACUUCACCCAGGGAGACGCCAUGACUUCGCAGCUGCCGUAUACUCUGGACAUUGAGAACGUUUUUGGUUAUCCAUCUUGCUACCUCAAAUAUGAGAUUGCGUACAGUGAUGGCUUGUAUGGGUAUAGCAUGCCCUCGGGAGGUGUUUGGGAUGACUGCGAGAAGGGCGAUGACUUUCUGUGCACUUGGUAUAGGGUGGCGUUUGACUGUCCUGGAUUCUAG